UCUAAUUAAACAAUAAUGGGCCGGCCUGAAAAGGCAGGCCCAAUAAAAAGCAAUGGAACUCCUCACAAGGAGACGGAGCCUUCAUCUAUUAAAACCCUCGAAACCCCUUACCUUCAUCCACAUUUUACUUUGAUUAACCCUUUCUCUCUCUCGCCGGCUAUGGGGUUAUCCCUUCUACGAGCUAUGGCGUCUGCCUCCGUCUCCACCUCCGCCGCCCGCCUCUCUGUUCUUCCCAGACGCCUCUUCUCCUCCUCAUCUACUCUUACACAUCCUCCUUCCCCUUCUUCUUUCACUCUCCGCCGUCGAUCUCUCCCUCUGCUUUCCCAUGCCGUUCGAUCUAUCCCUUCCUCCUCCAGGUCCACCUCGUUUCGUUGCCUCUCCUCUAGGCCUGGUAACUCCUCUUACUCUCCUCUUAACUCUAAUUCCAACUUCAGUGAACGUCCUCCCACUGAGAUGGCGCCUCUUUUCCCUGGAUGUGAUUACGAGCACUGGCUCAUUGUCAUGGACAAACCUGGUGGUGAGGGUGCCACUAAGCAGCAGAUGAUUGAUUGCUAUAUCCAGACUCUUGCUAAAGUUGUUGGCAGUGAAGAGGAAGCAAAGAAGAGGAUUUACAAUGUUUCUUGCGAGAGGUAUUUUGGGUUUGGGUGUGAGUUGGAUGAAGAGACCUCCAACAAGCUCGAAGGAUUGCCAGGUGUUCUGUUUGUUCUUCCUGAUUCUUAUGUCGACCCAGAGUAUAAAGACUAUGGGGCUGAGUUGUUGGUGAAUGGAGAGAUUGUUCAAAGGUCACCAGAGAGACAGAGAAGAGUGCAGCCACAGCCUCAGAGAGCUAAUGAUAGACCAAAAUAUACCGACAGGACCCGCUAUGUGCGACGCAGAGAGAAUAUGACUUGAUGCACGUCAGACGUUGAGGAAAUGUGCACAUAUGACUAAAGUGGAAGGGAAUGUUUAAUAUCUGGGAAGGCAAAAUGGACAACUUUAUACAAUUUGAAACAUUAAACUGAAAGUUGAAGUAAUUUGCUACGUGAAAGAGUCAGUGUUCGGUAGAUGUUAACUUUUGUGUUGAUGAACUACAUAAAUGUGUAUGUGAGCUUGUUGCAGUCUACCUAGUUGAUGUUUUUAUCGACUUUGGUCUAGUUGUAAAACUGUGCACGUUUAAAUUUUAUAAGAACAAUUUAGUUAUUCUUUGGCA